AUGUCAAAACCAACUGAAAAAUCAUCACCGUUGUAAGUUCCAAUUUCUAAACACAGAAUCUCGAGCCACACUGUAUUUCUACUGUUUUUAGAUUAUAGAUUCAAUGAUUUUAUUAUUCCAGACCAAAUCCAGACGAUUCGAUUGAUUUUGAGACAAAACAUGUUGAAAGAAUUUUGGAGAUCAACGCUAAAAGAGAAAUAAGAAAACGGAAAAUGGAAGUGGAGAUCGAUGAUGAGUUUGAUAAAUUGUUGGCUGAGGAACAUCAAAAACAUCAAAGAAACUUGAAAAUAUUAGAUUGUUUAGAAAGUGAGUCAAAUAGGUUAAGAUCACGGCAGUUGGGAAAAUAUUAAAACUAUGGAAAUCAUUUUUGAAACCCAAAGUCAAAUUUUAAAAGAAGAAAAUUCGAACUUUCUCAUUUUUUGUAAACUUCUGUAGUGCUUCUUUAGAUAUGAAAAAUACACCCUUUUCGAGUUGACAUAACUUGUAUUUAUUUUGCGGAACAUUUCACCUCGUUUUCAGAAGAAAUAGUGAUUAUACGUACGUAAAAACGUGAUUAUUAAUAUAUUUUAUUACAGCGCACGUUGGAUGA